AUGCGCGCGCUGCUGCUGUGGCUGCUGUGGUCCCGGGCCGGGCUCGCGGGGCUGGGCCAGCUCGGGCCGGAUGUGGGGACCCAGGGGUCCACACCUUCUCAACUUCCCCCAACGGGGCCGGAUGGCGACCUGGUGACCCCGACUGCAGAUUCCGACGACAAGUGGAACGUGCUUACAACGCCCUGCGGCCACCGGAAGAUCCCCACGCGCGUGGUGGGAGGCCGGGACGCGGAGCUGGGCAGCUGGCCGUGGCAGGGCAGUCUGCGCCUGUGGGGGAGCCACGUGUGCGGCGGGAGCUUGCUGAACCGCCGCUGGGUGCUCACGGCGGCCCACUGCUUUCAACAGGCCAGUGACCCCUUCCCGUGGAACGUCCAGUUUGGCGAGCUGACCGCCGCGCCGGCCAUCUGGAACCUGCAGGCCUACCAGAACCGUUACCAAGUGGAGAGGAUUGUGGUGAACCCCAGAUUCCGGGGGUCAGCGCCCUAUGACAUCGCCCUGGUGAAGCUGUCUUCCUCUGUCACCUACAGGCAGCAUAUCCAGCCUAUCUGUGUCGUCAACUCCACCAAGGAGUUCGACAACAGGACCGACUGCUGGGUGACCGGCUGGGGAGACAUCCUUGAGGACACGUCGCUGGAGCCCCCCUACAACCUCCAGGAAGUACAAAUCGCCAUCAUCAAUAGGACCAUGUGUAACCACCUGUACCAGAAACCCGAUGUCCGCCAUACCAUCUUUGGAGACAUGGUUUGCGCUGGCGAUGCAGCAGGUGGCAAAGACGCCUGCUUUGGUGACUCGGGCGGCCCCUUGGUUUGUGAAGUGAGCAGCGUGUGGUACCAGGUCGGAGUCGUGAGCUGGGGCGUGGGCUGCGGCCGCCCGAACCGGCCCGGCGUCUACACCAACGUCAGUGAGCACUUCCGGUGGAUCCAGCAGGUGAUGGCCUGUGGUCCCCAUGGGACAGACGCCUCCUCACUGCUGUUCCUCCUGGCUCUGCUCUGGGCGCCCCUCCUGCUGUGGCCGGCCUGA